CAAGUUGAUAGAAUUGGAAGUGGAAGAGCUACAGUUGUUGUCUUCCUCUCAGCUGAUGGACAUACAUCCAUAUGUCCCGUACAGACUCCUCAACUGUCUUGGGAUCAGGCUGCGGAGUUCACUAUUGUUCGACGAUUUUGAAGAUGAUAGUCAAGAUCUGGAGCCUUGAUAAAACAAUAAAGAAACUGGCAGUGGUUGCCACUUUCGACGCCUUAAAGAAAAAGGCCAUAGAGUUCGGUAUAUGCUGCAAUGGAGACAUCAAGGUACACAUGCUGGAUGGAACGGAGGUGGACGAAGAAGCUUUCAAUUGUUUGAAUCAGUCACCUGAGGAUGCUACUUACACCUUCAUUGCAACAACAUAUUCUUGGGUGUCAGGUGUCUGUCUGGACGGAAAAUUGAGCCUGCCCAAAGAUGUCCUCCUCCUUGUGACAUUCCUACGUUCAAGCCCCAAAAAUGAUGCUGCGCUCGAGUGGAGCCUCAAAAUCAACAAGGCCGAGGCAGAGUUCAAAGAUCAAAACGCAGCAGCUGUCUGCCUCCUCCCAUUGCUUGCAUCCUACUUUCAAGAAAACCUCGGAGAGCUCUUCCAGUUACAUCAGGUGACAACAGAAAUCACAGAGGAGUUUCGUAACAGUCUGCCUGCUUCUCCUGUAAUUGUUGCACUGGGCCGCUCACUUUUCUAAUGCAGCUGCCAGCUGUUUGUGGACCAUGAGGUGAUGGUGGAAGAUGUGGGCUUUCUGCAAGCUGUGGAGCUCCUUUUCGCCCUUUAUUAUUGUUUAAACAUCCAGUAUGCCAAAAGUGCGGGAAUCACACUUGAGUUCAUUCAGAGAUACCAAGUUGGUAUCAAACAACAUGAUGGGUCACGACAGGAGGCCGGGAAAUCGAAAGGAGCUCGGGCAAGAGCAAUCAAAGCCGCCACAGAUCUUGCUGCUUUUGAGAAAAAAUGGAACAGUCUCAUCUGAUGAUCGAUCGGAUGCCAUGAAGGUUUCUUUAUAAUUAUGUUCUUUUACGGUUUACAAUAUAGUUCUUCAAUUUCAAAACUGC